GCUGUGAUCAUCGGGCAGCAUUUGAAUCCAUACCGCAUUAUGACGAAUAUAUCAAGUUCAAUAUUAAUUUUAAUCGCUGUUUUAUUUAAAUCAUCGGUUGCAGGUGCAUUGGAUGGAAAAUCUCAAAAUGGUGUUCAUGGAAAAUCUGAAAAUGGUGUUCACAUGAAAUUUGUUAUGCCAGAAAAUUCUAGAAACCUCGGAGUCACCAGCGUAGCUCAAGUGACGUCACGGAAUGGCAAAGUUUCAUCCAUGAGCGGCAUCCAUUACUAUCCUGUAGCUGAUCAAAAGAAAGGAAAUAUAAACAGUUUUAGUAAAGACAACAAAAUAGCACCACGUGGCAUGUUUGUCACAACUUACAGAACAGGAUCCAACCCGCCAGUAACCAAAGUUUGGAGCUCAGAUUCUGAAAUGCCCAAUUUAAAUCCUUGGUUAUUUAAUCCUCCUAUUGUAUCUUUAAGGGGAAUGUUUCCCGAUUUUUCUGAACUACAUAAUAUGGCAACACCUUGGCCGUUGAGGCAUAUUCGUAACGCGCCAAAUUACAACUUAUGGAGGUAUCCCAUUUACGACCCGUUUAGGAAUAUGUGGUGAAUUGUGUUAACUAGUUUUAGUAUAGGUUUUUAAUUGUUAAUGUUAAAUAUAGAUAUUUUAUUUAUUAAAAUGCCUUUACAAUG